CUCGCGUGUUUUCGAAAAAGACAUUCGGCGAACAAAGAUAGAUAUAACGUCAUUUCGUAACUAGUCAUUAAUUGAAGGUUAAACUGUUUCAAAUUGAUGACGAAAACGUCGGCUACGAAAGGAAAGCCACUUGACGAUGCUCGUCGUGCUCGAGUUCAAGAAUCGUGCCAAGAAAGAAAGAAAGAAAGAAAGAAAUAGAGAAAGAGGCGCGUUUCGCGCAUCGACACGCAUUGACACGCAGUAUUCGCUAACCAGGAGACAUCGAUGACCUUGAUGAAGCGAUAGUUGGGGGUCGAACAACGCGAUAUAAAGGCUUUUGCCUUUUGAUUCGGAAAGCAGAUCCCUCGAGUUCUUACCUCGCUUCGAGUUCUUCUCUCGAUCAUAAACCGUACAACAUGUUCAAGCUGUGCAUCCUCGCCGUUCUUCUCGCCGCCGUUUGCGCUGCUCCCGCACCUGCGCCGGGAGCGGUCCUGGCGGCACCGGCCGCGGCAUUCGCAGCGGUACCGGCGCCGAUCGUGACAGCCAGCAGCAGCCAGGUGAUCGCCAGGAACUACAACACCCUCGCCGCGGCUCCGCUCGCUGCCGCUCCCUUUGCAGCGGCUGCUCCUCUGGCCGCGGCACCCUUGGCCGCGGCACCCCUCGCCGCAGCACCUCUCGCCUACGCCGCGGCCCCCUUUGCAGCUUACGGCACCCACGCUGUUGCACCUGCCGCGUAUACCGCCUACUCCGCGCCCAUUAUAUUGUAAUUCG